AUGAAGUAAACGGGUAAACCACAAUGAGUAAAGCAUCAACAGUUUAGUCAUGCCUGCAGAUGAACAUUAACUAAAACCGAACAACUUUUCCCACUCUGUUUUUCCACAUUCAUUCCCAUCCCAUUUCAUGUCGAUUUGCCGAUUCAAAUUUGUCCAACAAAUUCGACUCACAGGAGCUUCUCGAAGCAGCUAAAUUACCACUCCAAACUCCAAAUUCCCACCCUUUCUCUCUCUACAACGCCAAGAAAGAGACAAACGUGAGCCCCCCUCUCUCCCCCAUCGCCAUCACAUAUGCUCGGAAGGAAGGAAGAAACUUCGCGAACUUGCUAGCGAAGUAAAGAAUGAAUUUUUAUGCAGUAAAGCUUGAGGUUUUAGGGUUCUCUCAGGUUUUCUCGACACCUCAAUUUAGUUCUCAUUUGUGGAUGGAUUAUCAGUGCUAUUACUACUUUCGUUGUUGGUUGAUUUGAGGGGCCUAUUUGAGUUGAUUUGAGCAUUUUUCUCAAGUGGGGUUAUGAAUCUGGAUAAGGUUUGAGGCAGGGGAAAUAUCAAAUAUGGCUAGUCCUAGGAGGAAAGGGAUUCGGUUUAGUAGAUUGUAUUCAUUUUCUUGUGUAAAAUCAGCUUUUGGAGAUGAACACAGUCAAAUUGGGCUUAAGGGUUACUCAAGAGUGGUGUAUUUUAACGAUCCUGAUAGUCCGGAGCAGACUCUGCUUAGGUACCCGAGUAACUAUGUCUCGACUACCAAGUACACCGCGUUGAAUUUCAUUCCAAAGUCGUUGUUUGAGCAGUUUAGGAGGGUUGCCAACAUAUAUUUUCUUGUGGUGGCUUGUGUGUCCUAUAGUCCUCUGGCUCCGUACUCUGCGUAUAGCGUGCUUCUGCCUUUGCUCUUGGUGAUCGGAGCCACCAUUGUUAAGGAAGCCAUUGAAGAUUGGAGGCGUAUGAAGCAGGAUAUAGAGGCCAAUAAUCGGAAAGUUAAAGUCUAUGAUAGAGAUCAUGGAUUCCAAAUUGCGAGAUGGAAAAGAUUAAGAGUCGGUGAUCUUGUAAAAGUUCACAAGGACGAACAAUUUCCUGCAGAUUUGCUGCUUCUCUCUUCGACUUACGAAGAUGGUAUUUGUUAUGUUGAAACUACAAAUUUAGACGGGGAGACUAAUCUAAAGGUGAAGCACGCUUUGGAUGUUACAUGCACUCUGCAUGAGGAUGAUUCCUUCAAGCACUUUAAAGCCGUUAUCAAGUGUGAGGACCCGAAUGAGGAUCUUUAUUCCUUUCUCGGAACUCUUUUUUACAACGGUGAGCAGUAUCCCGUCUCUCUGCAACAGCUUCUUCUGAGAGAUUCUAAAUUGCGAAACACUGAGCAUGUGUAUGGUGUGGUCGUUUUCACUGGUCAUGAUACGAAAGUUAUGAAGAAUACUGUGGAGCCUCCUUCGAAAAGGAGUAAGAUCGAGAGAAAGAUGGAUAAAAUUGUGUAUGUCCUUUUCAGUCUGUUAGUGUUCGUAUCUCUCAUUGGGUCAUUCUUCUUUGGAAUCACGACGGAGAACGACAUAGAUGAUGAUGGGGAGAUGACGAGGUGGUAUCUUCGACCAGACCAGACGACCGUGUUUUUCGACCCAAAUAGAGCGGCUGUGGCUGCCUUCCUACAUUUCCUAACCGGGCUUAUAUUGUAUGGGUAUUUGAUACCGAUAUCCCUAUACGUAUCUAUCGAGAUAGUCAAAGUUUUGCAAGUUAUAUUUAUCAAUCAGGAUAUGGAUAUGUAUCAUGAGGAAACGGAUCGACCAGCUACUGCAAAGACAUCGAAUUUGAACGAGGAGCUCGGUCUGGUGGAUACCAUAUUCACCGACAAGACUGGUACACUGACCUGCAACUCCAUGGAGUUCGUCAAAUGCUCGAUAGCUGGAGUCGCAUAUGGCCGUGGUUUGACGGAAGUGGAGAGGGCACUUGCAAAGAGAAGAGGGGAUGCACUUGAUGACUCUGAAGUCACUUCAUCUGCUAGCACGCAGAGUGACGAUGGCAUGGCACCUGGAAAAUCGGUUAAAGGCUUUAACUUUCACGAUGAUCGGGUCAUGAACGGUCAGUGGGUGAAUGAGCCUCAUGCUGAUAUGAUCCAGAAGUUCUUUCGAGUUCUGGCACUCUGCCAUACAGCCAUCCCUGAGGUCGAUGAGGAUGCAAAUGAAAUUUUGUAUGAAGCUGAGUCGCCAGAUGAAGCUGCUUUCGUCAUUGCUGCUAGGGAGCUUGGCUUCGAGAUGUAUGAAAGAUCACAGUCGCACAUCUCUUUGCGUGAAUUGGAUCACGAGAGCCACCAAAAAAUCCACAGGCCAUACGAGCUUCUACACGUAUUGGAGUUUAGUAGUAGUCGGAGAAGGAUGUCCGUGAUUGUAAGAAAUGUCGAAAACCAGUUGCUGCUUCUGUCCAAGGGGUCCGACAGUGUAAUGCUCGAAAGGCUUUCCCAAAAAUCUCAAGAUUUUGUAAAUGCAACGAUGGAUCAUGUAAAAAGAUACGCUGAAGCAGGGUUACGAACUCUAGUACUUGCAUACCGUGAGCUUAGCAAAGAAGAGUUCAGUUCAUGGGAAAAAGAGUUUUUGGAUGCCAAAGCAACCGUGGGUGCGGAUAGAGAUGCAUUGAUCGAAGCGGCUGCUGAUAAGAUUGAAAGGGACUUGAUUCUACUUGGUGCUACAGCUGUCGAGGACAAACUGCAAAUAGGGGUUCCAGAGUGCAUUGAAAAGCUUGAGAAUGCAGGAAUCAAGAUUUGGGUGAUAACAGGUGAUAAGAUGGAAACGGCCAUAAACAUCGGGUAUGCUUGCAGCUUGCUGCGAGAAGACAUGGAGCAAAUUGUGAUUACGUUAGACUAUCCAGAAAUAAUCGAGCUAGAAAAGAAAGGUGACAAGGAGGCCGUUGCAAAGGCUUCACGUGAAAGUGUCGCGAACCAAAUCCGACAAGGAACAUUGCUACUAAGUUCGUACGAAGGGCGCUCUAUUUACCCCGCUUUGAUAAUUGAUGGCAAGUCACUGUCAUUUGUUCUGAGCCAGAAUCUGGAGGGUUCAUUUUUGCAUCUUGCAGUUAAUUGUGCCUCUGUUAUAUGCUGUCGAUCCACGCCUAAACAGAAAGCUCUGGUUACAAGAUUGGUUAAAAAGGGUACGGGCCGGACAACGCUGGCAAUUGGCGAUGGUGCAAAUGAUGUCGGUAUGCUUCAAGAAGCUGAUAUUGGUGUUGGAAUCAGUGGCGUGGAAGGAAUGCAGGCUGCGAUGUCCAGUGACUUCGCCAUAGCUCAGUUUCGAUUUCUGGAACGCCUUUUGUUGGUUCAUGGCCACUGGUGCUACAGACGAAUCUCUAUGAUGGUGUGCUACUUCUUCUACAAGAACAUUGCGUUCGGGUUCACUCUCUUCUGGUUCGAGGCGUACGCUUCCUUCUCCGGCCAACCGGCUUACAACGAUUGGUACAUGUCGUGCUACAACGUGUUCUUCACCUCGCUCCCUGUGAUCGCUCUCGGUGUUUUCGAUCAAGACGUCUCUCCACAGCUCUGUCUGAAGAAUCCCGAGUUAUAUAAAGAAGGAAUACGGAACAUCCUCUUCAGUUGGCCGCGGAUUCUCGGCUGGAUACUCAACGGGAUCAUCUGUUCGGUCGUUGUCUUCUUCUUCACCACUAGCUCGGCUGCGCAGCAAGCCUUCCGCAGGGACGGCCACGUGGUCGACUACGAAGUGCUGGGGGUGUACAUGUACUCGUGCGUCGUGUGGACCGUCAACUGCCAGAUGGCGCUCUCGAUCAACUACUUCACGUGGAUGCAGCAUUUCGUAAUAUGGGGCAGCAUCGCCUUCUGGUACGCGUUCCUGCUCAUCUACGGUGCCUUCCCGCCUCUUUUUUCGACGACGGCCUACCAGGUCUUCGUGGAGGCUUGCGGGCCGAGCCCAUUUUUCUGGCUCGGGACGAUGCUCGUGGUCGUAUUGUGUCUGCUGCCUUACCUCUUGUACAGGACGGUUCAGACAGAGUUCUUUCCUAUGCCUCACGACAUUAUCCAAAAAUGGCAAAGAGAAACCUCGGAUGGUCGAAGUGGUAAAGUGAGGGAGAAAGAUACAUUGUUGUGUAAAUAGGCAAAAUGUGAUAGUUUUUUGGGAUUCAAAAUGGUAAAAGCCCAAUUCAGAGUUACAACUGUCUGUAAGUAGUAGUACAAGAGAUUUCAAGGUAGUUUUUGCAAGGGAGUUCUUUUUCUUUUUUCUAAAAAAUGAUCAAUAAUGAUUUUCCAUUUACCCUGUAA